GAACAUUUUCUGCUGACUUCCGUCGCCAUUCUGCACAAAGUUCUUGACAGAAAGCGUGUGAUGCUUUUAGCUAGUGCCCACUUAUCAAAGCAGGCUCUGCUUUUUAUGCAGGAAACAUGGAGGAUUUUGAAAUGUGAUUCCUCCACCGAAAAGGACGAAUCAACCACCUUCUGCUUCCAUUUCAAACGUAAACCUCCUCCAUCCUGUUAAACCAGAACCCUCUCGUAAGCCAUCUGCUGCCCUGCUUAAACCCAUUUCACAUUCAAACUCCCCACAUUUUUCUCUGAUGUCAGCUCCUCCAGUGAUAUGGCUCUUCAUGUAUCUCUUGGUUUUGUUUCCGUUUCUUCCAACUACGUUUGCCUCCAUCCCUGCCGUUCCAAUGAACUUCACCUGUCACAACACAUGUGGCGCCAUCCCCGUGAAGUACCCAUUUGGCACCAGUUUCGGUUGUGGCCACCCGGACUUUGCUAGAAACGUUAGAUGCAGCUCCACCGGCAAGCUCGAGUUCUCUACGGGAAGUGGGAUUUACGAUGUAGCCUCGAUCGACUACUCCACCAGGACAAUGAUCAUCACUGACCCUCUUAUGUCGACUUGCGAAUCGAUGCAGAACUCCGGCAGCUUCAGCCUGGAUCGAGCCAGCCCGUUCAGCGUUAUGGAUAACAACAUCUUUGUGCUGCUCGGGUGCUCCACGAACUCUCCCGUGUUCGAUCCAUAUGAGGACCUGUGCGACACCGGCUCGAACUCUCGCGUUUGUAGGGGUCUGUAUUCUUGCAAGGGAGUGACCGGCAUUGGACUACAGCAGAAUGCGCCAGUGUCCACCUGCUGUGUUUACCAAUCACCGACCGGGUUCGGUUCAAGUUAUGCUUUGGAUCUUCCAAAGCUCCAGUGCUCGUCUUACAGCGCGAUAUACGGGUUUGGAGAUGAUCGUGGAGAUCCCUCAAAAUGGAGGUUCGGGAUUUCUGUGCAGUAUAAUGAUUCUUACUCUAUGGAUGCGUGCACGGACUGCGAAGCAAGUGGGGGAUUUUGUGGUUUCUCUGGCGUGGCCGAGUCGUUUGCUUGCCUCUGCCAUAACGGUGUGAAUACCACGAAUAACUGUUUUGGCCGAGGAUAUGCUUGGAGUGGGACAUGGGGACCCAAGAGUCAAGCCAGGAUCAUCAUAUCAGGAUUGAUCCUCUGGUGGAUUCUGCUCUCCAUUUCACUGCCUCUAUUCUGAAUGUUCAAUGCGCAUGGAGGAGACUUGGUGAUUUGCUGAAUGCCUUGUUUAACUUUUCUUGAAGCUGACAAGGUUUCACAGUCGACCAGAUCACGGCGAAUAUUUCUGGUUACUAGAUCCUAUGGUUUUGGAAUGUGCUGUGAGAUUCUCUGUUCAGGAAUUAAUGUGAAUUCCCAAUUCGCAUAACCUCUGGAGUUUUGAGUGUGCAAAGUACGUGAAGGUUCGCCGGUUUUCAUGUCAUGUGACAUCAUGAAUCACAUUUUUCUUGUGUUGGAGGGCUUGCGAUUAAAUUUAAGAAAA